CCAAUAAAAUAAUGGAAAGGGCACUAAGAUGAGCAAAAAGUAUACUUGUAUUUGCUGGAGUAUCUCUUACCCCCCGCUUUCGGACCCUGAAAUUCUGCAUCCCGCUGGAUUUCUAUUAGCUCCUGGUUGGUUAGCUCAUAGCACGACAAAUUGGAAAAAAUUGUUAACCCCUCAUACCUUGACACAGACCACAAACCAAAGGAGCUUUCUUCAUAAGAACCCCUCCACCGCCCUCUCCUUGCUUACAACUUAUACCUUUCUCCUCCUUCUUCCCUCUUCUUUUUCUUUCUUCUUUCUCAGAUAUCUUCUCAUUCUUACUCUUGACAAUUGAUAUUUCGAGUAUCAAUUAGUCUAACUCUUCAAUUAAUAGGGAGAGAGUUGGAAGAAACAAUCUGUUAUUCUCAAAACCCCUCUUUUCCCAGAUACCUCGAAUCACCGUCAAGAUGGUUCAAUCGGCUGUUCUGGGUUUCCCCCGUAUGGGUGUGAACCGUGACCUGAAGAAGGCCACCGAAGCUUACUGGGCUGGCAACAUCUCCCAAGCUGACCUCCUUACCGAGGCCAAGCGUCUUCGUCUUGCUCACUGGAAGAUCCAGAAGGAUGCCGGUGUAGACAUCAUCCCCAGCAACGACUUUGCUCUCUACGACCAAGUCCUCUCCCACAUCCAGGACUUCGGUGCCGUUCCUGAGCGAUACUCGAGCGCUAACCUUGAUCGAGUCGAUGAAUACUUUGCUAUGGGCCGUGGCCACCAGAAGGGCGGUGUAGACGUUCCCAGUUUGGAGAUGGUAAAAUGGUUUGACUCCAACUACCACUACGUCAAGCCUACUCUACAAGACAACCAGACCUUCAAGCUCACCGCCAACCCCAAGGCUGUCGUUGAGUACGUUGAGGCCAAGGAGGCUGGUAUCAACACCCGACCUGUUCUAGUCGGACCCGUAUCUUUCCUUCACUUGGGUAAGGCCGACCGUGGACAGAGCGUCAACCCCAUUGACCUUCUUGACAAGCUUCUACCUGUCUACGAGGAGCUCCUCGUCAAGCUCAAGGAGGCUGGUGCCGAGUCUGUCCAGAUUGACGAGCCUGUUCUCGUCUUUGACUUGCCUGCCAAGUCCAAGGCUGCCUUCAAGCCCGCCUAUGAGAAGUUCGCUUCAUUGGCUGGCAAGAUCCCCAACCUAGUAUUCACCACCUACUUCGGUGACAUUGUCCACAACCUUGACCUCCUUCCCAAGGACAUUUAUGCUGUCCAUAUCGACCUUGUCCGUAACCCCGAGCAACUCGAGGCUGUCCUAGGUGCCCUCGGACCUAAGACCGCCUUGUCCGUUGGUGUUGUCGACGGCCGAAACAUCUGGAAGACCAACCUGAAACGUGCCAUCGAGGUUGCCGAGACUGCCAUCCAAAAGUUCGGAAAGGAUCGUGUCAUUGUCGCUACCUCCAGCUCUCUUCUCCACACCCCCCACACCCUCGCCAGCGAGAAGAAGCUGGACCCCGAGAUUGCUGAUUGGUUCUCAUUCGCAUCUGAGAAGGCUGUUGAGAUUGCCGUCAUUGCUAAGGCCGUUACUGACGGACCUGCUUCCGUGCGUGAGGCUCUAGAGGCUAACGCCAAGUCCCUAAACGCCCGUGCUACCUCGAAGCGAACAAACAACCCCCAGGUUAAGGACAGACAAUCCAAGAUUGCCCCCUCGGACUACAACCGCAAGUCUGAGUUCCCCUCCCGAAUCUCCCAGCAACAAAAGAAGCUUAACCUUCCUCUCUUCCCUACCACCACCAUCGGCUCUUUCCCCCAAACUAAGGAAAUCCGAGUCCAGCGAAACAAGUUCACCAAGGGUGAAAUCACUGAGGCUCAAUAUGACAAGUUUAUUGAGCAAGAGAUUGACAUGAACGUCAAGAUCCAGGAUGAGCUCGAGCUGGACGUCUACGUUCACGGUGAGCCUGAGCGAAACGACAUGGUUCAGUACUUCGGUGAGCGUUUGGACGGCUAUGCCUUCACUACGCACGCCUGGGUUCAGAGCUACGGUUCCCGAUGUGUGAGACCUCCUAUCAUUGUCGGAGACAUCUCGCGCCCGGCCCCCAUGACCGUUAAGGAGUCUAAGUACGCCGUGUCGGUCUCUAAGAAGCCCAUGAAGGGUAUGUUGACUGGUCCCGUCACCUGCUUACGAUGGUCUUUCCCUCGUGACGACGUCCACCAGUCCAUCCAGGCUGAGCAACUUGCUCUUGCCCUACGUAACGAAGUUGUCGACCUUGAGAAGGCCGGCAUCGACGUCAUCCAGGUUGACGAGCCUGCCCUUCGUGAGGGUCUACCCCUCCGAGCUGGCAAGGAGCGUCAGGCUUACCUUGACUGGGCUGUCAAGGCCUUCAGACUCUCCACUGUCGGUGUUGAGGAUUCUACUCAGAUCCACUCUCACUUCUGCUACUCUGAGUUCCAGGACUUCUUCCACGCCAUCGCUGCUCUCGACGCUGACGUGCUUUCCAUUGAGAACAGCAAGUCUGACUCGAAGCUUCUAGGCGUGUUCGUUGACGAGGCCUACCCUCGCCACAUUGGACCUGGUGUCUAUGACAUCCACUCGCCUCGUGUACCCAGUGAGCAGGAGAUCAAGGACCGCAUCGAAGAAAUGCUUCAGUACCUCAAGCCUGAGCAGCUCUGGAUCAACCCUGACUGUGGUCUCAAGACCCGUCAAUGGAAGGAGACUAAGGCUGCCUUGGUCAACUUGGUCAACGCGGCCAAGUUCUUCCGUGCGAAGUACGCCAAAUAAAUGGCUCGCUCAUAGCGAGACCAAUGUUUUAAUUUUUCUUAAGAAAGUUGACGACGUUAAUUGCAUGAGGUGUGGGGAGUUGCCUGUCAAAAUUUCUUUCGGAGCUGCAUAAUCGAUUUCAACAUCGGCGUUUUAUAAGGCUGGGUUCUCAAAGGGGAUCUAUACCAAAAAAGUUCCACAGGAAAGAUUGGCGGGAAAUCAGGAGCAUUCAACAUUAAGCAUUUUACAGGGCGGGAAAGAAUUAUACCCGAAGGUCCAUCAACCGGACUUGGGAGUAGGUGGCGUUCUUGCAUUUAGUUCCCUCUUACACAGAAGGGAUUGCAUUUCGAGAUCAGAUGGGAUGCAAUGUAGAUGUAGCAUGAGUAGUCAACCCAAUUCAACUGGGCGAUGACUUGGGAAGAAUGAAAACUUCCAAAACAGUA